ACGUCAGUCAAUGUUAUUUGAAGGCUCGUAGCUCUCAUUGUUUAUAUUGUAAAAAUCUGUAAAAUAAAUCUAUUUAACUGUUUUUGUUUACAUAAAAAUUAAUUUUAACUACCUCGCAACAUAGUUCAUCGAUCCAGGACAAUGACUAUCUACAAUUUGUAUAUUUUUGACCGAUAUGGCACGCUGUUAUAUUACGGAGAAUGGAAUAGGACAAAACAAUCGGGAAUGUCUAGAGAGGAGGAGGGCAAAUUGAUGUAUGGGAUGCUGUUCUCAAUAAAAUCAUUUGUUGCCAAAAUAUCUCCACUGGAUCCAAAAGAAGGAUUCAUGAAUUAUAAAACCUCAAAGUAUACGCUGCACUGUCUUGAAACUCCAUCCGGCUUAAAAUUUGUUAUGAACACAGAUAAUCAAGCACAAGGAGUCAGAGAGCUACUGAAAAAGAUAUAUGGUGAAAUCUACGUCAAGUAUGCUGUAAGGAAUCCUCUUUGCGGCAUUGGGGAACCUAUCACAAGUGAACUAUUUAAAAAUAAACUAGAUGCUUUUGUGAAACAAACUCCCAUACAUGUUAGAGCAUCAUAAUAAACUUUUCUAUUUAUUA